AUGUCACGUAAAGUUAGCACGUCGGAUGAUAAAGAAGAAUUAACGGAAGCAUUCAAAGUUUUUGACAUAGAUGGAAAUAAUUUGAUCGAUGCAGAAGAAUUACGACAAGUCAUGAAUAAUCUUGGUGAAAAACUGACGCGAGAAGAAGCAGAAGAAAUGAUCAGAGAAGCGGAUACUGAUGGAGAUGGGCGGCUUACUUUUGAGGGUAAGAUUGAAAAAAUACUAAUAGCUUGA